AUGAGAGCAUCAUUUUUUAGUCCUCGACUUAUGGAGGCAGUUGUAUGGUUUCUCGCAAGAUGGUCUUGUACUUAUCUAAUGACUUCUGAAGGAAUUAGUGACAAUAACGUCAAUUCAGAUAAUGAUCAUGAGCCUCAACUUCAGUUGCACCAGUCCAGAAAGGCAUUGCUUAGUUUUGCUGGAGACCACAAUCAGGGUAAAGCUGCACUUGACAUUAUUGUUCGCAUCUCCAUGGCAACAGUUGUAUCAUAUCCUGGUGAGAAGGAUUUACAGGUCCAAUCUGUCGUUCGCCUUUCUUUAGGGAGUCACCACCUUUUUUCAAAUGUCACUAAGCAUCACAUCGAUAGGGUGAUGUCCAUGGACACUCUAGUGCCGAACAUGGCUGGAAACGGCUUUCCAUUGGAGAGGUAG